AUGACACAACUAUCCUCACUAAGACUCGCUGUGGCAUUCAGCGGCUCCCGGGACACGACGGCUCGUUAUGGUUUUGAACAAUCCACUGCCGUUUGCCUAACGACAGUGAACAAGACUCUGACUCAACCUGAUCUUAGAAACAACCAAAUGUCCGAUAGAGAAGGUGAAGCACAAGCACUGAAACUAAACACCACUCUCACACAACUUCAUCUUGGAUGGAACCAAAUCUCCGAUAGACGAGGUGAAGCACAAGCACUGAAACUUCAUCUUGGAUGGAACCAAACAUCCAAUAGAGGAGGUGAAGCACUAGCACAAGCACUGAAAGUAAACAACACUCUCACUCAGCUUCAUCUUGGAUGGAACCAAAUAUUCGAUAGACGACGUGAAGCACUAGCACCAGCACUGAAAGUAAACAACACUCUGACUCAACUUAAUCUUCGAAACAACCAAAUAUCCGCUAGAGGCGGUGAAGCACAAGCACUGAAAGUAAACACCACUCUCACACAACUUCAUCUUGGAUGGAACCAAAUAUCCGAUAGACGAGGUGAAGCACAAGCACUGAAAGUAAACAACACUCUCACUCAGCUUCAUCUUGGAUGGAACCAAACAUCCAAUAGAGGAGGUGAAGCACUAGCACAAGCACUGAAAGUAAACAACACUCUUACUCAACUUGAUCUUGCAAGCAACGAAAUAUCCGACAGAGGACGUGAAGCACUAACACAAGCACUGAAAGUAAACAACACUCUCACUCAACUUUACAAAUGA